AAUUAGCAGACUCUCACACACAUAAAAACUGCAAAAUCAGUUAUCAAUUAUUGAGAACAAAUAAAAAAUCUGACACCAUCCCGCCUAUCUUUCCUCAGCAGUUAAAUUUUGAAUUACAAUCCCUAUAAACAUAACACCACCAACAAUUUGUUCAUAAAUUCUCAAACAAAAAUUUCUCUUCUCCCUCUGUAUUUCCUUCUACACAUGAAUGCAUACCCAUUUUAUCUGCUUCAUGAAUAAGAAAUUAGCCAUACAUUCUGCCCUAGACAUGGACAGAAUAUCUUCCAUAAGUCCAGAAAAGGAAGAAUGCAAAUUUAAUGCUAGAAUCUUACGCUUAUGGACACUCCCAUCAUACAACAAUCCUGAAAUCACUUCAACCAUGGAAUUGGUGUUAAUGGAUGCCGAAACCAAUAAGAUCCAUGCAUCAAUACCAAACAAACUGUUAGAUGAAUUCAUUGGGAAAUUGCGGGAAGGCCUGGUAUACAGUUUCAGAUUCUUUGAUGUCGGAAACAACGUUGGAAAAUACAGAACAACUCGCCAUCAAUAUCGUCUAAAUUUUCAGACUGAAACUGAGGUUGACCUUAUACCAGACAAAGAAAUACCCUUCUACGGUUUUUCAUUCGUCAACUCAAACGAAUUUACCAAGCCAAACUUUAACUACAACAAUCUAAUUGAUAUCAUUGGAAUAAUUGUUGGCUGUUAUCCUGUUAUUGAAUUCGAAAAAAAUGGAGACAAAUGCAAAAGGAUGGUAAUUGAUCUUCUUAUUGACGGGUAAGUUCUAUCUUAGUUUUCCGAUUAGUGCUUUUAUUAUACAAAAUGUUCAAUAUACAAAUCAUAACUCUGAUUAACACAUGGUACAGGAAAAAGUUUGAUUUUACUCUAUUUGGUCACUAUGUCGAUGAAUUCAAUUCAUACUUUGAUAAUGAUGCAUCUAAAAACAAUGUUCUGGUGGUACAAUAUGCAAGGGUUAAAACUUUUAGAGGUAUUAAAAAAUCUCAUACUUAACAUCUAUUUACA